CUCCAUGGACUCCCCUCGCUCCUCAGCAGCAGCAGGCCGCCCCUGCCUCCUGCCUCCUGCCUCCUGCUUCCGUUGUCAGCGUUAGGGUGGUCGAGAUAAAACAAAAAUGGGAGUUGAGAUCGAGACAAUAACUCCAGGCGACGGUCGGACAUUCCCUAAGAAGGGACAACGCGUCGUAGUACAUUAUGUCGGUUCGUUGGCAGAUGGAAAAGUGUUCGACUCGUCACGUGUCCGUAAAAAACCCUUUAAAUUCAAGAUUGGGCACCAGGAGGUUAUCAGAGGCUGGGAAGAAGGAGUGGCCCAGAUGAGUGUCGGGCAGCGGGCGAAGCUGACCUGCUCCUCCGACUUUGCCUAUGGCAGCAAAGGUCACCCGGGGAUCAUCCCUCCAAACGCCACACUCAUCUUCGAUGUGGAGCUGCUUAGUCUGGAGGCCUGAAGCUCCCGCUGUCACUUUGUUGAAUUCCACUCAGUUGUUUCAGGGUUGACUCCUAUUCCAGGAACACGAAGGAAGAAAUCGAAACACAAUUCCUGCUCUUGAUUCCUACAUAGGACUUAUUCAUUAUUUUCUGUCUUCUCUUCAUUUAUCCAUCACUCUUUACUGUAAGUCAUAGGUGUUACAUUCUCAUUUAUUUUUUAUCAUGUUUUUCUCUGUAUUUUAAUUAUGUAUUUUUUACUUUGUUAGUGUGUCUGCCAUUGGAACCAUUCAGAAUCAGGCUCCUCUGUGGCUGUGUGGCCUUUUAAAUUGUACUGUUGAGUGUGAGUGAGGAAAUAUACAACUUUGUUUUUUACAGAAAACAUUUUUUUUCUUAUGCAGAAAGGUUAUUGUAUGAAUUUGGUUAUCGGAAAAACAUACAGCAUUUAGCACAGUACCAGCCACAGGUCUGAAGGAACGUAUGAGUUUUAGUUUGUACCAGGACUUUUUAUACAUUUAUAUAAGUGGAGUCACCAAAUAACAACCAUAUAGAACUGGGUAUAACUGUAUUAAAUGGAAAUAAAGCUGCACAGUGUUCCAGUCACAACAUAACAUCAGUUUAAUUUAUAAAAUGUGACUUAAAAUCACUGUUUGUCAAUUUUCAAACUCAAACAGAUUAAAUAUGAGGGUAAAUAAUGUUUUUUAUAAGCUCAUACUUUAGCUCUGUGGAAAUACUACAGUUAUUAUAUAUACUUACAGUUUACUUGCUUGUUUGGGAAAGUUUCCAUCUAUGGAACCGAGUGUGUUACAAAAUGGUUUUGAAACAUUUUUACAAAUAUUAAACUGUUAAAACACUUUGAA